CUCCCUGGGGGACUUAGGAGUUCUGGAGCCCCUGCGUGACCCACUGGGCUUCUGGGUGGGGGCCAACCCCGAAAUGGGGGGAGGGGGCAGUGGUGUUUGCAUGGGUGGGAUCAGGACCAGGCGCUGUGUCUCCAUCCCAGACAGCGGGCAGGGUGAUGCUUUUUGGCCCCAGGUGGUGCCACCAGGAGCCAGAGGUCAGCCAGGGAGCAGGGGGGUGCUCCCUGCCCGCCGGUGGUGGCAGGGUGGCCUCCAGAGGCCAGAGAGGUCAUGUCCCCACCGUGGCUUGACUCAGUGCGUGGCCAUGCCCUGCUCACGGCUGGCCACUGACGCAGGUGCUGGGGACUCAGGGUGCAGGAAUGCGGGUGGCCCUGGCCGAGGGACAGUGGGGACGUCCCUCACCUCUCAUUGACUUGCUGGCAUUGAGGCCAGCUUGUCCUUAUUAAUUAGAAGGCACUAUUAAAGUGGGAGGGUGAGGUUUUGCAGCUCUGCUGUCCCCUGUGUCCCUGCACCUGCGGCUCCCCUCACCUGGGACACGUCCUGCUCGGGGAGGGGGACCUGUGCUGGCAAACCCCCAUCUUCUCUCCCCUCCAGGUGCCUGUGGAAGACGCAGGGAACUGGCAUGGCGCAGCCCAGUGCACCCCCCCUCUAUGAUGACAAGAACCCCCUGUACCCCCCGCCCCCAGGGGGGUACCCCCAGCCCCCCCACUAUGCCAGGGGGUACCCGCAGCCUGAGGGAUACCCUGCAGCAGGGGGGUAUGCACAGCCAGGGGGGUAUCCAGCAGCAGGGGGAUACCCCCAGCCAGGGGUGGCCAUGCCCACCAUGCCUGUUCGGUUUGGUGCUGAUGGCAUCGGGGACGGUUCCCCCUUCCAAUCGUCUGACUGGGACGACAGGAAAGUCCGGCACACCUUCAUCCGCAAGGUCUAUGCCAUCAUCUCCCUGCAGCUGCUGAUGACAGUGGGGAUCAUUGCUGUGUUCACCUUUGUCUCCCCAGUCCACACCUUCGUCCGGAAGAAUGUCGCUGUCUACUAUGCCUCAUAUGCCGUGUUCCUGGUGACCUACUUGGUGCUGGUCUGCUGCCAGGGUCCCCGGAGACGCUUCCCCUGGAACAUCAUCCUGUUGAGCAUCUUUACGCUGGCCAUGGGGCUGAUGACAGGGACAAUCGCCAGCAUGUACCAGACCAGUGCUGUCCUCAUCGCCAUGCUCAUCACUGCCAUCGUGGCCAUUGUUGUCACCAUCUUCUGCUUCCAGACCAAGGUUGAUUUUACGUCAUGUCCAGGGCUCUUCUGUGUGCUCGGCAUCGUGGUCAUGGUGACUGGGAUUGUCACUGCCAUUGUCCUCUCCUUCAAAUAUGUCCCCUGGCUCCAUAUGCUGUAUGCGGCCAUUGGCGCCAUUGCCUUCACCCUGUUCCUUGCCUAUGACACCCAACUUGUGCUGGGGAACAGGAAGAACACGCUGAGCCCCGAGGAAUAUAUCUAUGGUGCCCUCACCAUCUACACUGACAUCGUCUACAUCUUCACCUUCAUCCUGCAAAUUGUGGGCCGGGAUUAGCCCCAGGACCCUUCCUGUCCCCUGCCCUGCUCCCCCUAACCCCCUCUUCUGGCCUCUCUACAGGAUAUGGUGACUUACCAUGACUCCUAAUGCUUCAGCAUCCCUACCCGUAGGCUGAUAAGGGCUUCCCUUGAUCACCCCCCACAAGCCUCCAGGGGUGGUGGUGGGGGGUACCAGCCACCGGUGUUUGGGCAGUGCCUGGCCUUGGCUCUGCUCACCGAGGCUGUGCCAGUAGUGCCGAGCUGGCAGCAGAGUGCCAUGGUCCUGCCUGGGCAUGGGGAGCUGGCAGCAGCCACUGGGAUUGUGCUGGGAUUUUUUUGGCAGAGCCGGGUCAGUGUCAUUCACUUGGUGCCUUAAAUGUGGCUCCGGCCGUGCCCCCCCACCCAGCUGUGGCAGCGCCCAGUGCAGGUAGGGGGGGAUCAGCUGGGACCCCUGUGGUGGAACUCAUGGCAGAGCUCACGUUACAUAGGCCCCACAGCCAUGGAUGUGGGCAAAGUUGCACUUGCUAAAUAAAACACUCUAAUUUUCCAGAUA